GUGAAGCGCAGCGCAAUGGAGCGGAAUCCAGUCAAAGGAACCGGCGGAGGAGGUGACACCACUGACCAGGAAGACAAAAAGUCACGCAGCGCUGCGGAGUACAUGAAAAACUUCAAGAACAUAAUUGCCCCGGGAAAUGAGGCCUCCAUGACCAGGGAGUUCAAUCCGCAGGUGGCCUACGAGUUUGAGAGAUAUCUCAAUCCCCAGAAGCUCAAGCAGCAUGUCCUGAAGAGUGAGAAGCUGCGCUCCAUCUUGGAACACUAUGCCAGGGAACUGGGACAGCCGGUGAAGCAACUGGAGCGGCAGGCCAGGGCGAUCAUCGAUGAAAUCGGUCUGGAGCGGAACAUGGCCAUUAUCCGGUGGUGCGGCAUCGCCAUCACGGCGAUCGGCAAGAGGAUCUGCGACGGAUUCUACGUCAAUUCGGCCAGCAUGGCCAAUGUGCGCAAGGAUAUGGGCAAGUGUCCUGUGCUCUACCUUCCCAGUCAUCGCAGCUAUAUGGACUUUAUCCUGAUGUCGUACAUCUGCUACUACUACGACAUCGAGAUACCAGGAAUAGCAGCCGGAAUGGAUUUCCACUCAAUGUUUGGCAUGGGCACCAUGUUAAGGAAAACUGGUGCGUUCUUUAUGCGGCGCAGCUUUUCCAACGACGAGUUGUACUGGGAUAUUUUCCGGGAGUACAUGUACGCACUGGUCGCCAAUUACCACAUCGGCGUGGAGUUCUUCAUCGAGGGAACGCGCUCGAGGAAUUUCAAAGCUCUGGUCCCAAAAAUAGGACUCCUUUCGAUGGCCUUGCUGCCAUAUUUUACUGGCGAAGUGCCGGAUGUGAUGAUAGUGCCAGUGAGUGUGGCCUACGAAAGAGUCCUGGAGGAGCAACUGUUCGUCUACGAGCUGCUGGGAGUGCCCAAGCCCAAGGAGUCCACGAAGGGAUUCUUUAAGGCGCUCAAGAUCAUUGACGAGCGAUUUGGCAAGAUGUUCCUGGACUUUGGGGAUCCCAUUUCGGUGAAGGAGUUCUUCGGACACGACAGUGGACAGCGGAUGCAGCGAGCCGGCGUUGGCGGUCACCUCCAGAAGCUCAAUCGCCAGGAGGUGGAACUGGUCAAGCAGCUGGCCAACGAGAUAAUCUACCAACAGCAGCGACGCAUUGUGAUCUCAACCUUUAAUUUGCUCAGCUUAUACUACGCCAGUCAAUUGUAUGCGCAAAAGAGUGUAAACCUCGACGAGUUGUCGCGCGGAGUGCUUCAUCUGAAGCGCAUUUUCGAGCAGCUUGGUGCUCAUGUCAGCACUACGCCCAGUAGCAUCAAAUCGGAUAUAAUCGAUGCCGUGGAGAUACAUUCAAAUAUUUUGCACUUUGCUACCGGCCGACUGCAGUUCACGCCGAUGGCAGCCAAGCAACUGGCGGAGCAGAUCGAUGUGAAGCGCCUGAAAGCCCAUGCUCUGUGUCCACAAACGAUGGCGGUGGCAGUUCCCAUGCUGGCCCUGCAGCUCUACAUCAAUCCCUGCAUGUUCUGGCUGGCCAGACCGGCCUAUCUGCUCCUGGCAGCGCUCAAGGAGCAAAGGAAUCAGGAGAAGCAGUCGACAGACGUCUCGUACGACGCCAGCUUGAGUGCCCUGCAUGCCCACGUGACCAGCAUGGAUGCCCUGUUCCAGCACGAGUUCAUUAUUGAGUCGAAUCGCGAGGCUGCUGAGUUUGAGACUCACCUCCAGCUGCUCCUUGACGAGGGCGUCGUGGAGGUGAAAAAGAGUGGCAGGAUCCGCGUGCAGGACAACGAGUGCUCGCAUGUCAUACUGGCCGCACUGGCGCCAUUCCUCUGCCUCUACUACCAGCUGGUGGUCACGUUAAGAAAGAUUCCUCUGGAGUUCGAGUUCAGCAACAAGGAUCUGCUGGUUCGCGUUCAACAGCAUGUGGAGCAGCUGCUGCAACAACCCGGCGGCUCUGCCUCCCACGUCCACCCAUAUUGCUUAGCCCUGGACAAUCUCAACAUAGCCAUCUACGCCCUGAUCCAGAGGGGCUAUAUCCUGAAAUGCAAGGACUCUGGACAGAUGAAAAUCGCUGGACUACCAGGAAAGUGCCUGCGGGAACUGGAAUGCCAGCUCCUCGAGUACUGUCAACUAAUGCCAUUCGCCCAAUACUCAACCGCGGCCAACCAGCAAGCCCAGUUCCACAUAGCCAAGUUAUAACUGGCAAACGGCAAGAGGUCGGCGACGCCGAGGGACACGGAAGCCGAUCCAAACGAUGAAGCCGCGUCGAGUCCCAAUCAGUGUAGUACAAUUGCCAUUUCAUUGCCCAUGCAGUUCAUCCAGUUUGUUGUCGGCCUGCUCAAGAAUUGUCGCAUCAUCUG